AUGAUUUUUUCUCGGCGCACUUUGCUCGGUGUCUUUUCACUCUUUCAUCUGGCGUUUGCUGAACAUUCUGCUGCCCAUGCAUAUGGCUCUUCUGGAAGCGAUCGCGUUCGGGUUCAAUCCCGCCUCGAGCAGCUCACUCUUUCCCCUGACUUCAAAAUCACGGACAAGCCCACGACUCGCACUUAUGACUGGACCAUUACCAUGCAAGAAGGUGCUCCUGACGGAUUCUAUCGCCAGAUGAUAGUUGUCAAUGGCCAAUACCCUGGUCCUACCAUCGAGGCCAACGAAGGCGAUACUAUUAUUGUCAACGUCAAGAACAAGAUUCCUAAAAUGGGUACUAGCGUCCAUUGGCAUGGUAUCUUCCAACAGGGUACCCAGUGGAUGGAUGGACCGGCUGGCAUAACGCAAUGCCCGAUCCCCUCGGGUGGCUCCUUUACUUACAAGUUCAAGGUUGAGGGUCAGUACGGGACUUAUUGGUGGCACGCGCACGCUGGAGCUCAGCUAUCCGACGGUGUUCAUGGGGCUUUGAUCAUUCACUCUGUCCGGGACCCUCUGAAGCGCGGCAAACACUACGACUAUGAUCAAGUUAUUAUCCAAGGAGAUUGGCUUCACAACACGUCGGCAGAGAUUGUAGCGGCACUUGAUACUCCCCAAGGUUAUCAGGGGAGCCAAGCUGCCCCGCCUCCUGUUACCGCCAUGUUCAACGGGUAUGGGACAUUCAAUUGCGAGAAAUUCGGCACUCCCGAGACCUGUUUUACCCGGGAACCUUAUGAGCUCCAGGUAUAUCCCAAUAAGAAGUACCGUCUUCGGUUGAUCAAUACCGCCUCUCACGCCAUGAUGUUUACUUCGGUCGACGAACACACCCUCGACGUGAUCGAAGCGGACGACACGCCUGUAUCUAGCCCUGGACUCAAGGACCUUCACCGCGUGCGGUUCCAUAACGGCCAGCGCUACUCGGUCCUUCUCAAUACCAACCAAGGCAAACCUGGUGAUGCGUUUUGGAUGCGCGCAAAUGUAUCCACCGCUUGUUUGGCGUACACCACGCCCGAGUUUGAGCAAGUCAACAAGGGUAUCAUUCGCUAUAUCGACCAAGGGCACGGCUAUAAACCGACCAAACAUCUCCCGACGACCAAGGACUGGAAAGAUGAGCUUGACGACACAUGCAGGGAUCUCAACACGGCCGACCUUGUCCCUAUCGUUCGAGAUGAUCCCCCGGCUCACGUCAGUCAGCACGGUAUUUUCAACACCCAAGUCGGGUCCUUGGUGGCUCAACAAGGAAACGUGACGCGAUUCUUUGUGAACAAUGUCACGUUUGAGCACCUUUGGUAUCGUCCGGUUUUGUACGACGUUGUUGAAGGUCGCGGAGUUAACCGAACCAACGUCGCAAGCCUGGAGUUUAACAAGCCCACGGGUGCUGAUAUCAUCAUCAACAAUCGCGACGUGAACCCACCUAUUGACCACCCCUACCACUUGCACGGCAUGGAAUUCUGGAUUGUCGGCGAGGGAACGGGCGAACUUACCGAGGAAGGUUACAAGAAUCUCAAAUUGAACACAACCAACCCCAUCCGACGCGACACUCAUGUCAUCCAAGCCAACUCGUGGUCGGUCUUGCGUAUCAAGGCGGAUAACCCCGGAGUGUGGUUCCUUCACUGCCACAUUGAUAUGCAUCUUGCCCAUGGCUUUGCUGCCGUUGUGGUUGUUCAAAAGGACGCUGUCGAGAAGUUCAAGAUCCCCAAGGAAUCGCGCGAGCUUUGCAAGGCAAUUCCUCCCGGUCUCAACGUCAACUCGACCUCUCUUGGCCGUCGCGGACUUGCAUUCCAGAAGCUUCCUUAUGCUUGA